GUGGAAUGGCAUUCUACUCUUUUAGAUGUGCCUGCUCAGACUAAGUUUGAUUACACAGUGACUGACCUGAACGGAGGGCCUCGACCUCCCUCACCCUAUGAGGAGCAGUACAAAAAGACCACAUUGAAGGGUGGUGCAGUGGCAGGACAGCUGACAACAGUGGGGAUGUGGCAGAUGUUUGCCCUGGGGCAAAGGCUGAGGAGGAGCUAUGUGGAAGAAGCCAACUUUCUCUCACCAACCUUUAAGCCUGCUGAGGUCUUCAUCCGUUCCACUAAUAUUUUCCGGAAUCUGGAGUCCACACGGUGCCUACUAGCUGGGCUGUACCAACAGCAGAAAGAAGGAUCUGUUGUCAUUGUCACUGACGAAGCAAGCUCUGAAAUCCUCUAUCCCAAUUACCACAACUGCCAGCGCCUGAAAUACUUGAGCAGGCAUAGAUUGAAGAAUGCUCUGCAACAGCCAGGUAUCUCUGAUGACUUGAAAACAAUUAAGGAGAAGAUGGGGAUCGAUGACGAUACGUCUGUGGACUUUUUUCUCCUCCUUGAUAACAUUCGUGCUGAGCAGGCCCACGAUUUGCCGAGCUGCCCCGCGCUGAGGAACUUUCAGCAGACAGUUGAGCGUCGGUCCGUUGACUCGCUGCUUCUCCUUCUGGAAGACGGUUCAAGAGAAGUUCUUCAGAUGAGCAUUGGUCUCCUUUUCCAUACCUUACAGAAGAACAUGACAGAAGCAGUAGAUCCUUCAUCUCCAGCUGAAAAAGCCAGAAAGCUCAUUCUCUAUGCCUCUCAUGACACUACCCUUAUUCCUCUCCUGGUGGCCCUGGGCACCUUCAAUGGCAAGUGGCCACCUUACGCUGCAGACGUGACCCUGGAACUGUACCAGCACCGGCAGUCCAAAGAGUGGUUUGUUCGCCUGUCUUACCAUGGAGAGGAGCAAGUGGUGAAAGGAUGUAGAGCAGGUCUCUGCCCACUCGAAGACUUUCUGGAAGUUCUUUCCCAGUACUCUGUCAGUCCAGAGGAGUACAGUAACCUGUGCUCCCCAGUGGAGGGGACAUCGUCAAACUGA